GACUUCCGCAGUGAUCGCAUCAUUUUCAAGGCGAUAAAGAAUAUCCGGUAUGAGCCAUUAAAGGGGGUUGGUGGUUAGGAUUGCGUCUAAUUUUUUUUUCUACUCUUUUUUCAUCGAUUUACGUAGAGAGAUGUAUGACGAACUGGUACGUAGAGUCGAAUAGGUAGGACACAGGGACGCGUGUUCUUGACGAAGACGAAGAAGACGGAUGCAAAGAGGAAGAUGAAGACGAAGACGAAGACGAAGACGAGGAAGAAGAAGAAGAAGAAGAAGAAGAAGAGGAAGAGGAAGAAGAAGAGGAAUAACAUAGAGCGUCAGGCUGUCGCGCCGGCGGCGUACGACGUCGACGCCGACGCCGCCGUCGGCGCGUAUAACGCCAGCGGGCAAAAGCGCGUUACCCCCAGUCGGUGGAGCGAGAGAGUCGCGACUAGCAGACGAGCGAGAGCUCGUGGUGACGGAUAAUAAAAAGAAAAAGAAAAGAGAGAGAGAGGGAGGGAGGGAGGGAGACAGACGUCGAGGACAGGCCAAUAUUAGCAAAUAUAGAAAAGAGAGAUAGAGAGCGAGAGGGAGAGAGACAGAGAGAGAGAGAGGGAAAGAGGAAUAGAGUACUUUUGGAUAGUUUAUCUAGUGUAAAGGACACGGAACUGAUUGGACAGUAGGCAAUACCGUAUACCAGAGGUACUCGAUGCGCCGGUGCACCACCACCACCACCACUAGUACCAGCACCACCACCGCCACCACCACCGCCAGCACAACCACCACCACUAUCAUCAGCAGCAGCAGCAAGCGAGCACGAUCAGCAUCGUAGCCACUGGCAGCACCGCCGUCGCGAGUCGCAGUCGCCACCGGCGCCACUACCGCCUCUACCACCGCCUCUAUAACCACCGCUCUUGGCAGUAGAGCCUCGCAGAGACGUCCACCUCGUGGUCGUCGGCACUUCCUAGCGGACGGUGCUGGUGUCCGGGUGGGUUCUAGGACGUGCGUUAGAUCGAAGCAAAGAGAGAGAGGGAGAGCGAGAGAGAGAGAGAGAGAGAGCGAGAGAGAGAGAGAGAGAGAGAAGGUUGACAGUAGAAUAGAAGAUUAAGAGAAAGAGGAAAAGUCGGUGGUGGAAAAGGGAAAAGAGAAAGAAGCGAUAGUAGGGGGUUGAGUCGAGCAGCGAGUCUUGCUCCCUUAGACGUCGCACACACGCGUACCGAUGCGCAUCGUCGUUCGUCGUGCUCGGCGCUAAGGUUUUGCGGCGCGCGCGAUAUUUCGUUUGGAGGGUUUCUUCCCUCUUCUCGGGAGUGCCGUCGACGGUUUUCUCGCGCGGGCUGCCGGCGAGGUAGGAGGUGGCGCGGAGGGCGAUCGCAGGGUCGUCGUCCUUGUCAUCCGCAGCGGCAGCAAGAGGAGGAGGAGGAGGAGGAGGAAGAGAAAGAGAAAGAGAGGAAGAGGAGGGUCCAUCGGUCGAAGUGACGGUGCAUGGUGAAGUGUCGCGAGCGGAGCGGUGUCGUCUCGUCGAGGAGUCGGAGGGGAGGAGGAGGAGGAGGUGGUGGAGGAGGAGGAGGAGGAGGUGGCGGAAGUAGGCGAGAGAGUAGUCGCAGGGGUAAGGAUAAGGGUGGUAUCGGGCCGAACCAAAGCCGCGAGUCGUCGUGGUGAUGCCUCGCAUCGGCGGGUCCUCCAGGUCGCAGGGUGUCGUCGCAGGUGCGCUCGAGUCGCGCUCGCCCUCACCGACGACGCGGAUACGCUGACGAGUGCAGCCCACGGUGGCACGGCAGUCGUCGUCGCUCCUGCAGGCCAUGUAUUACGGCCCGGUAAUCGACCCUACCGGCAGCAGCUGCAGUGCCAGCGACCACCACCGGCGGCAACGCGACCACCACCACCACUACCACUACGAUCACCAUCAACGGCAACAGCACCAACACCAACGUCAUCAUCGUCGUCAAUAUCAUCAUCAUCGUCAUCAUCGGCAUCGCCAUCGACUCCUUCCGAGUCCUGCCACAGAUUCGGACAGCACGGAGGACGAGCCGGCUUACGUCCUGUUACUUCGUUCGCCCAGAAGACCAGCUGCUGUCUCCUGCUGUCACGCAGCAAGGAGACCGGGCAGAAGACGACGCGACGGUGGACAUGCCGUCAGGAUAUUCCUCGUCGCCACCGCCGCUGCCUUCCUCGCCCUCGCCGUCUCACCGGUGUCCGGUACGUCGAACAAAAAAGAGGAAGAGACGGCGGUGGCCUCAUCGGUUGGAGUCACGGAGGAAAGCGGUGUCCUAGGCACGACAAGGUCCAAGCCAGGAAACGAUCCUGGAGGAGGUAUAGACUUAUUAGCAGCCCUGCAGCUGCACAAUACUACGCGGCAGGGUGUCACGCAGGUACCGGGACUGGUUAGACUGAAGGCAGCUUAUUAUCUUCAGGGCGAGGAGAGAGAGCUCCGACUCAGCGAGGCAAGUUUCAAACGAGCGGCUGCACUACUCCGGCGGGUUCCGGAAUUUACUAUAGCUGCUGCUCUACGCCAGGAGGAGGCCAAUUCCGGGACUAUCGUCGCCUUUUCACACGGGAACAAUAGAUAUUUGGAGCUGCAGAGCAGCGGACGCAAGGACGAACUUCGACUUCAUUACGUAUCACGCCGUGACGGGAGCGUCCACGUCGAGGCAUUUCCUUUUCGACUGGCCGAUGGCGCCUGGCAUAGGGUUGCCCUGAGUAUAAGCGGCUCGCAGGUCGAGCUACUCGUCGACUGUCACCCUCUUUACAGGCGACUACUUAGGCCAGGUCCACCGGACACUAAUUUCACUCUACCGCAGCUCCAACUUUGGAUUGGUCAGAGAAAUGCUAGGCACUUUCUCUUCAAGGGUGCUUUGCAGGACGUCAAGCUGGUACCUGGACCCCAUGGAUAUCUCUCGCAAUGUCCUCAGCUCGAUUCGUCCUGCCCAACCUGCGGACAAUUUUCUAUGCUCCAGAAUACCGUCGAGCAGCUGAUGCACAAUCUCAACGAGUUAACGCGUAGGCUAGCCGCUGCAGAAGGCAGAAUAAACAAGGUCGAAGAGUGCGAGUGCCAAAAAUCUUGCAGAGCGAAUGGUACCGUUCACGAGGACGGUGCAACCUGGGAAAAAGGUUGCCAACAAUGUUCUUGCGUUCAUGGUGAAAUCGAGUGUAGGCCUACACCCUGUGCUCCUGUCACCUGUAAAAAUCCAGUCAUUCCUCAGGAACAAUGCUGCCCGAUUUGUUUAAAACAAUGUUAUCUUCACGGUGUGAUCUACGAUCACGGCGUGAAAGUCUCACCGAAGCAGUGCGUCGAAUGCGACUGCUACGACGGUAGCUUCACCUGUCAAAGGUUCGACACAGAAACGAGAUGUCCACCACUGCCCUGUCCACCCAGCGAACAAAUCAGCGUUGCUGAGGAAUGUUGCAAGUACUGCCCAGGGGUGGACUACUGCGCGAAGGGCCACAAGUGUCAUGCUAACGCGUCCUGCCUGAAUCUCCAGACGACCUACGCCUGCCACUGCGAUAUCGGUUUCCAGGGGGAUGGUCAUAACUGUCACGACGUGGACGAGUGUAAGCAGCAAGGUGGAUCGGAAGGUCAUCACUGCAACGCCAAUACCAGAUGCGUCAACGUGAUCGGCUCUUAUACGUGCGAGUGUCUUCCUGGUUAUCACAGAGUCGACAAGUUCAAUUGCGCGGAGUUGGACGAGUGCGUUACGGGACAUCACACGUGCGACGAGCACGCGACGUGCGUUAACACUGCCGGCAGUUACUACUGCGUUUGCAAGGACGGUUAUGCCGGCGAUGGGCACACGUGUAAACCAAUUUGCAAUCAGACUUGCCAAAACGGUGGAGAAUGCGUGGCACCAGGUCGAUGUUCUUGCCGAAGGGGGUACAUCGGUAACAGCUGCGAACUCGACUUGGACGAAUGCGCCAGCGAUCUUCACAGAUGUCAUCGAUCAUCGAGUUGCUUCAAUAUGCCCGGUUGGUAUUAUUGUCGCUGUAAGCCCGGUUACAGAAGCGCCCUACACGACAGCACACAGGGUACUCAAUGUCUCGACAUCGACGAAUGCAACGACCAUACGAUCGAGAGGAGGCACACGUGUCAUCCCAGCGCAAAAUGCGUCAACACCGAGGGUGGUUACGCGUGUGCUUGUCCAAGGGAGGAUAACAACACGGAGGAAGAAUGUAGAUUGAGUUGUUGGUUCGAGGAUAGAGAAGUUGCGAACGGGGAUACAUUGGCACCAGCGGGGAACCCUUGCAGACGGUGCACGUGCAACGAUGGCGUGAUAACCUGCAGAGAACCGAUAUGCGAUUGUAGCCUUCCUGGAAGUCGGAAGGACAAAUGUUGUCCGCAGUGCGACCCAGCGGCAUCCUGCAGACAUCAGGAACUUCAUCAUUUGGUCUUUAGGAGCGGGGAGCGUUGGAUAUACCAAUGUCAGACUUGCGAGUGCCUGUACGGCGAGAUCGAUUGUUGGCAAAUGGAGUGUCCACCGGUGACCUGCUCGAAUCCGGUAACCGAGGACGGCGACUGUUGUCCUCGCUGUGAGGACGAUCCUUGUGCUCGCGAAGUAACCUUGAAUGGUACAUCUCUGUCGGUUCUUAGUCAUCCAAGGCCAUGCAGCUACGCGGGCAUAAUACACGACAGUGGGAGCUCAUGGCAGGACCCCCAUGACAAAUGCACCACGUGCGAGUGCAAGGUGCCGUACUGCGCCCAAUUGGUGAGCAAUAGCGCGUGUUGUGUGCAUCGGACGGGCAGCUAUGCUGUAGCUACGAUUACGGCUGCGCUGGCGAUCUGGGCGACGAGCAGCAGCAACGUGCUACAAUCGGUGCUCCUGAGUCUCUCGUACAGCCUCUAUCGGACGCUACGAGGUGGUCGUUGGUCGAGGGUACACAGGAAGCAGCUGUACCAGCGGUCACCAGGUCCUACCAUCAGGUCGAGUCGGUCUCAUCCUCGUACUCUUCCUCCUCCUAUUCUUCAUCGUCAUCGACAUCAGGAAGUUCAUCAGGGAAUUCAUCAGGCCCAGGUAGAAAGGUUUACCUCGGCAGUUCCAGACAGCAGUUCGUUCAGUUGCGAGACGAUCGUCGAGCCAGAGUCCUCGAUCAGCAGCAACAACAGUCAAAACAACAACAACAGCAACAACAACGGACAACAACGACGUCGUCUACGUCGACGACAAGGAGUCAACAGAGCUUCGGCGGAGAGACGACGUCGUCGACGGUGUCGGCAUCGCGAGGUACCACCAUGGCGUCGACGACGUCGCCGACGAAGAGCGUCUCUUCGUCGUCGGGAAUCGGUAGCAAGACCCGAAACAAUCUCGUCGACGGUGCUAGAACGACUCGUCAUCGAACAGCUUCGAUCUCCUCCUCCUCCUCCUCCUCCUCCACCUCCUCUUUAUCCUCAAGCUCGUACUCCAGCUCAUCCACAUCCUCAGUCUCUUCUUCCAGCAAUUCGGCAGCAACAGCAACAGCAACAGUGGCAGCAACAGCAACAGCAGCAUCCUCGCCCGUCACGUUGCUCCUCCCAUCCUCGUCAACGAUCGACGAUCUCUCGACGUUCGCCUCGAAAACGGCAACUUCGGCUAAGAAAACGUCCGAACCUAAUUCAUCUCCUGCUGCCACCGUUGCUACUACCGAUACUGGUGCUGCUAAGGUUACUACCGGUGACGUCUCUUCUCGCGAUCGUCGAUCCUCCUCGUUAUCGUCGGUUGGACGCCGUCGCAAGGACGACAAGGACGAGUCCUUUUCACGCGGUAGCGCCACUUGAACGAGCCGUGUCUCGAGGGAGCUAGAAAAGAGAGAUAUAUAAUCGUCGAGAUGUUCGGUAAGGCAUUCCACGGGACGUAAGGAUUUCUUUGAAGGGAGGGGAAGAUGGAGAUCGUGCCGAGGUUGCGUCAGCCUGAUCAACGACGACGAUCACGAUUAUACGUAGACGAGAGAGAGAGAGAGAGAGAGAGAGAGAAACGGAGAAAAAGAAAGAGAGAGAGAGAGACCGAAGAAAUCUACGAAAUGUCCCUAAAGGACGUCGAGCAAGUGGCCAGGAUAGAAACUCCAGGAGUCGAGAGGAGGCCUACGUGCUUCCCGAAUUCGCAGAUUCCUUUUCUUUUUUUUUUUCUAUUUUUUUCCUUCUUUUUUUUUAAAUGCAGGAUCGAUUCGAGUUCGCUGGCUUUCUCCCUCCUUCUCUAUUUCCUUCCACCCCCUCGACCUCGAAAUCGACAAGAACUGCUGCUUUCUAACGAUCGAACGCGUUACGUGGAUCGAGCAGAAGCUUUAGCCGAGCUUUCGAUGAGCUUUCUAUGAGCCUUCGAUACGCUUUCGGAAGACUCGCUUAUCAUCGAUCGAUCGUCCAAUCGCCGAUACGCGAGUCUCUGAUCGCAACGUGUAUAUGUACUUAUAUAUAUAUAUGUAUGUGUAUAUAUAUAUAUAUAUAUAUGUGUAUUUAUAUAUAAUGACGAUGAUCGUACGAGCGAGCUGUAUAAAAAAAAGUAAUACUUUCGUCUUAUGUAUUUCGGCGUAUUUCGAUCGAACAGGUAGCGCACAAUAUUUGGGCCUUAUAAAAGUAUAAAAUUCAAUGUUCCGCUGAACUACUAGCGAUUACGAAGAAGUUGAAAAAAGCAAAAUAAAUAACAAGUAUAUAUAUAUAUGUAUAUAUAUAUAUAUACAUAUAUAUAUAUAUAUACAUAUAUAUAUACAUAUAUAUAUAUACAUAUAUAUAUAUAUAUAUACAUGCAUACAUACUUACAUACGUACGUACAUACAUACAACAUACAUACAUAGAUACAUACAUACAUACAUACAUACACACAUACAUACAUACAUACAUACAUACAUAAACCAUGCAUACGUACGUACUUACGUACGUAUUUACGCGAUAAUUUUUCUCCUUUGAGAAAAUUCGAAAACGAGAAUAUAUAAGCGAUAUAUAUAUAACAUAUAUAUUCAUAUAUGUAUGUGAUAUAUUUGUGUAUCGUAAGAAAAUGAAUUCGCGAUAAAAAUAGAGAAAGUUUUAAAAAUACGACGAAACAAGGAACUCCGAUAUGAGCGUGUAUUACGAUUGCAUAUUUAUAGGCGCGCGAGAUAUAUCGUAUAUUGCAAAAAAGGAAAAAACUAUGUAUAUAUAUAUAUAUAAUAUAUUAUAUAUAUAUAUACAUAUAUAUGCGUAUGUAUAUGUGUAUAUUCGACCGUAUAAGAAAAAAAGCAAAUGAAAAACAAAGUAUCAAUCUUAUUCGAUAUUGAUAUGUAUAUCUCUAAUUAUUCUCGAUUGUUGCCAGAUCGAGGAUUUCAAGAUGGAAGGUAUAUACGGAGUAUAUAACUCUAUAUAUUUAUAUGUAUAUAAAUAUAUGUAUAUAUACAUACAUACGUAUAUAUAUAUAUAUAUACACACACACACAUAAAAAUGAUAGAGUAUAUACUCUAUUAUAUAAAUAACGAUGAUGAUUAUAUCAUAUCUCGCGACAAUAUAAGUAAGUACAUAAACUUACAAAUACGAAAUAGAAUGACAGAGGAGAAGGAGAAGGAGGAAGAAGAUGAAAAACAAAAUGAGAGAUACAGUAUUGAAUCUCGGUAAUCGUUAGCUAGCGAUUACUAUUAUUUCAUAGUUAUAAUACGCUUUCGAAAAUGAGGGAGAGAGAAAGAAAGAAAGAAAGAAAAAAUAAAUAAUAUCUAAUAAGAAGAUCGAAGCGAGGAGAAGUCAGAAAGAGAUGAAAAAGAAAGAGAUAAAAAGAAAGAUAAUUCAAGCAAAAAAAAAUGGAGAUCGAUGUCGUUAUUAUAUUCCAUUAAUCCAUGGAAUCUCGUUAACGCGACGAACAAUUAGUACAUGACCAUAAGUACAUAUGUAUAUGUAUAAUAACAAAUAUGGAAGCUUUUGCUCGGUCCACUCGGCUCGAAAAUGGCCGAACGGACGACACGGCGAAGCGAAAAGUCGAUCCUUCUUCUUUCCGUUUCUUUUUUCUUCUUUUUCCUUUUUUUCUUUUCUUUCUUCUUUUCUUUCUUUGUUCUCCUUUAUAUCUUCAUUUUCUCUCUUUCUCUCUCUCUCUCUCUUUUUCUUCUUUUAAAUUCUAAGUCGAUCAUAUAUUUCCCUUUGUUUCUCUUCAUUUCUUUUUUAUUUCUUUUUAUCUUCGUUCCUUCGCAAUUGCCUAAUCGUAUAUAUAUUUACAUACGUAUACGCUAUCAUGUAUGUUAGCCUAAUCUCAAGGCCUAAUAAUAAUACACGUGCGCGCUAACGAUGAUACAACGACGUUAAUGAAAACAAAAAGUAUAUAAAAAAUAGGAGGGAAAAGAAGGAAAAAGAAAAAGAAGAAGGAGAAGAUUAAAAACGAGAAUAAAGAGACAAGAAAAAAGAUAGGAAUAAAAUGGCCUAGAAAAUAGACGAUAGAAGAAGAAAGAAUAAAAAAGAAAGAAAGAAAGAAAGAAAGAAAUGGUCGAAAGGGUGGGGGUGGAUGAUUGGUUGAUUGGUUGGUUGGUUGGUUGGUUGGUUGGUUGGUUGGUUGGUUGGUUGGUUGGUUGGUUAAAACCCGUGUGAAAGAAAAAGAACAAGAAAAAAAACAAAAAAGAAAUCGAAUACGAAAGUUUUUCUAUGAGGUCGAACUCUCGUUCAACUUUUCUCUUCGCCGAUUGGAAAGGUCUUCUCUCCAUCCCCCCUCCCCUAACUCUACGCAACCACCCACCCUUCUCACUUCACCCUCCUCCCCUAUUCUGCCGUUGAAAGAGAGUUUAAAAUUAAUAAUUGUCAAUGUGUGACACACCGGACGAUGAACGUGCCGGCUCGUUCGAUGAUCGAUAUUCUGUUUUAUCUUCGCUCGACCCAACACGACCACUAAGACUACAUUCCUCCUUGACUAAACGAUAAGUAGGCACUAAUGAGAGAAACAUAUAUUAAAAGUAUAUAAAUUUAACGAAGAAUUAAGGGAAAAAAAACAAGAAAAAACGUAAAAAAAAAAACGUAAAAAAAAAACCAAG